AUGCAAAUUUCACCAAAAUUGCUAGAAUUCCAGGCCCCCUUUACGGAAGUCCAAACACAGGAUGUCACUGUGACAAAUGACACAAAUGAAUACAUCGCGUUUAAAGUUAAGACUACAGCACCGAAACUUUACUGCGUGAGACCUAAUGCAUCCACAAUUGCUCCAGAGGAAAGUGUCAAGGUUCAUAUUAUUCUUCAAGGUCUGGAGCAGGAACCAGCUGUUGGAACAAAGUGCAAAGAUAAAUUCCUUUUCGUGUCUGUGCCUUGUGAUGCUUCAGUGAGUCCAAGAUCUGUUUCCAAGACAUGGCCACAACUUCAGAAAGCUGCCGGUGGUACAUCUAAAGGUAUUAAGAUGAAGGUUUCGUUCAAUUAUGAUAACGCCAUUAACCCUAUCGAAGAAGAGAAAACAUCCCAGAUUAGUAAUGGUGCUGCCGUUACCUCAUCUGCUGUUAAAGGUGCCACUGAAUCUACAACAACUGCUCGUAAUGUUGGAAAAGUUGCCGAUGAUGAACCAAAAUCGACAGGUUCGAAAUUGGAUGACACUGAAAAGUCGGAGGUUGCUGCGACCGAACCUCCUGUUGUUGCUCCAAAAUCGGGAGGAAGUAUUAAUUCAUACGUUGCUCUUCUUUUACUUGUGUUAUUGGUGUAUGUGGUUAUCAAGUUUGCCCUAUAA